UUGCAGCCUCUUUAUAUAGAGUUGUUUGGCGUUUCCGCCCUUAUUGAACAAGAAGAGACGAGCCACGAGUUCUUGCUUCAAUAUCGUCACUUCUUUAGUGUGCAAUUAUGCAGAUCUUUGUGAAAACCCUCACUGGCAAGACCAUCACCCUUGAGGUCGAGCCCAGUGACACCAUUGAGAAUGUCAAAGCCAAAAUCCAGGACAAGGAGGGCAUUCCCCCUGAUCAGCAGAGGUUGAUCUUUGCCGGCAAGCAGCUGGAAGAUGGCCGCACCCUCUCAGACUACAACAUUCAGAAAGAGUCCACCCUUCAUCUCGUCCUGCGUCUGAGAGGUGGCAUGCAGAUCUUCGUGAAAACCCUCACUGGCAAGACCAUCACUCUUGAGGUUGAGCCCAGUGACACCAUUGAGAAUGUCAAGGCUAAAAUCCAAGACAAGGAAGGAAUUCCUCCUGAUCAGCAGAGGUUGAUCUUUGCCGGCAAGCAGCUGGAAGAUGGCCGCACCCUCUCAGACUACAACAUUCAGAAAGAGUCCACCCUCCAUCUUGUCCUGCGUCUGAGAGGUGGUAUGCAAAUCUUCGUGAAAACCCUCACUGGCAAAACCAUCACCCUUGAAGUUGAGCCAAGUGACACCAUUGAGAAUGUCAAAGCCAAAAUCCAGGACAAGGAAGGCAUUCCCCCUGAUCAGCAGAGGUUGAUCUUUGCCGGCAAGCAGCUGGAAGAUGGCCGCACCCUCUCAGACUACAACAUUCAGAAAGAGUCCACCCUCCAUCUUGUCCUGCGUCUGCGAGGUGGCAUGCAGAUCUUUGUGAAAACCCUCACUGGCAAGACCAUCACUCUUGAGGUUGAGCCAAGUGACACCAUUGAGAACGUCAAGGCCAAAAUCCAGGACAAGGAAGGAAUUCCCCCUGAUCAGCAGAGGUUGAUCUUUGCCGGCAAACAGCUGGAAGAUGGGCGCACCCUUUCAGACUACAACAUCCAGAAGGAGUCCACCCUCCAUCUUGUCCUGCGUCUGCGAGGUGGCAUGCAGAUCUUUGUCAAAACCCUCACUGGCAAGACCAUCACCCUUGAAGUUGAGCCAAGUGACACCAUUGAGAAUGUCAAGGCCAAAAUCCAGGACAAGGAAGGCAUUCCCCCUGAUCAGCAGAGGUUGAUCUUUGCCGGCAAACAGCUGGAAGAUGGUCGCACCCUUUCAGACUACAACAUCCAGAAAGAGUCCACCCUCCAUCUUGUCCUCCGUCUGAGGGGUGGCCAGUAGUCAAUCACAAAUCUGAGUUCUUAAUCUUAUAAAGUUGAAUAUAAUUGUUAAAUUCAAAUGCAUUUUCCAUGAUGUUGUUCAAUGCACAUGGUUGAAUAAAUGAUUAAACCUAUAA